UUUAAUUCGGGUUUAUUCGAUACGACAUUUCAAACAUGACUUUUUGAACGUAUAACAUGAAGAAUGGGUCGGAAAAAUAAGCGCCGAAUUACGCUAUCGAACGAACAAUUGCAGACGCUCCUACCAUGGCUGGAGCAACAGUUUCCAAGCAGCUUGCCGGUGUACCACAUGGCGUGUAAUAUUAUGGAAAACCGUUUCUCCUUCCCGAAAACCAUCUUCAUCGUCGAUAAACUGCCCACGCCGUCUGUGAUUGUCUGCAAACUGAUGUGCAUUCACGGUUUGUCACGUACAGAUGCUCGCAGAGGUUAUAUCCCGGCAUUCAACGGUCACCAGCUGGUAUUUGUAUAUGCCGAGCCAGCCAAGAAAUUUGUCGCUUUUCGGGCUAUGUUACGGGACGUUUCGGCACUCUUUAAUUGGCGCAGAAAUAUGACGUUCAUCGAUGUGGAUCCCGGUGUUGGAAAAAUAUUGCUAUCCCUCGAGGAUCGUGAUUUCGCACUAGUACCGUCAACAGCAGGACGUCCAAACGGGGAGCUAGUAUUUAAUUUCGACUUGGUCCGUUGUGAAUUCCAACGAUAUCCGGUACCCGAUGAUCUGAUGCUGGGACGCCUCAGGAUUGAUCACGCCGAGCAGAUCGUGGAAGAAUGUCAUUACGUUAAUCCAUCCUGGAUAAAAGUCUUCCAGUACCUGCUGUUCCAUGGUUAUCCCAGCAUGGCAUUGUUCGACAGCAAUGAUAUGCCCAUCGCCUACUGCAUGUACAUGCCGCACGGCUGCAUCAGCGCCGUCUACGUGCACCCUUCCCAUCGUAACCGGAAUCUGUUCCGCCUUGUGCUCGGAGAAUUACUGGUGUGGCUUCAGACACGAGAGAUACCGUCGGUUUGGAUGCAGACCAUGAAUUUUCCAUUAGCAUCGCAGCUGGAAGUUAUUCGCGGUUUUGGCGGGGAAGAGUUCAGGCGCGGCUAUGCUAUGUGCUGGAUGACGUACAGAGCGCCACGUGUUUAUCGUGGUCCUCUUCAAGUUGCUCCCGAUCGACAGCACAUUCGCCGCAAAACGGGGCCGAGGCCGAACAACGAAAACUUGACUGACGAUGAUUGUGGUCUGCAAAUCUACGAAUCAGCAACUGAAGAAGACGGGAGUGCCGAUAGCGAUUUUUACGACCCGAAAGAAUCGAGCAAUCGAAAGAUCCGAGAAAUCCUGUCAUUCGGUAAACCUGGCAGAUCACGAGGACCGGGUGCGUCGUUGAACACAGUGGAAAAAUUUCCGAUAAGCCGGAAUAUCCAUUUGGUAUAACACUGGAAGCGGAAGAUAAAACUCACUAAAAAAAGCAAUCUCUACUGUAGCGACUCCUUGAUGAUCCGACCAUUGGCGCAGU